CCUGCGGCAGACGGACCCCUGACAAUGGCGGCAGCUGCCGGGGCGGCUCUGCCCGCGGGCCCAGCACGGCAGCUGCCGCCAUUGUCCGCCGGCUCCCCUCGGCGCCGCCGCGUCUCCAGGCAACGGCGCGCGCCUCGCUCUGGCGGCGCGGUGACGUCAUCACAUCGCGAGAGCUCGCCCCGCCAAGCCGCCCCGCGCGCUUCCGCCCCGCCUCUUUCCGCCGGUGCCGCACCAUGGGUAUCUCCCGGGAUAACUGGCACAAGCGUCGCAAGACUGGGGGCAAGAGGAAGCCCUACCAUAAGAAGAGGAAGUAUGAGUUGGGGCGACCUCCCGCCAACACUAAGAUUGGCCCGCGCCGGAUUCACACCGUGAGGGUUCGGGGCGGAAACAAGAAGUACCGAGCCCUUCGCUUGGAUGUUGGCAACUUCUCCUGGGGCUCAGAAUGCUGCACUCGCAAGACCAGAAUUAUUGACGUUGUGUACAACGCUUCCAACAACGAGCUGGUGCGGACGAAGACGCUGGUGAAGAACUGCAUCGUGCUCAUCGACAGCACCCCGUACCGGCAGUGGUACGAGGCACACUAUGCCCUGCCCCUGGGACGCAAGAAGGGCGCUAAGCUGACUCCUGAAGAGGAGGAAAUACUGAACAAGAAGCGUUCAAAGAAGAUCCAGAAAAAAUAUGAUGAGCGAAAGAAGAAUGCCAAGAUAGCAAGUAUUCUUGAGGAGCAGUUCCAGCAAGGAAAGCUACUUGCCUGCAUUGCCUCCAGACCUGGACAGUGUGGCCGAGCCGAUGGCUACGUGUUGGAAGGCAAGGAAUUAGAGUUCUACUUGAGGAAGAUCAAGGCCAGAAAAGGCAAAUGAAUAUAAAAACUAUUGUGCUAAGAGAAUGAAUAAACCAAGAGUCUUCUACCCUA